AUGCCGGUACCCAUCUCGCACGAUCAAGCUCAACAGCAGUCAAUCCUCCAAAAAAUGGGAAUGGGUGCCGCGAUGGGAGGUGCGGUCGGAAUGACUCUGGGAUUUUUAUUCGGUGGAUUUUCUAUUAUUAGUCGAGGCGCAGGCCCUAGAGGACCUCUAAACACCCUUGCAACUUACAUGGCAUCCAGCGGCGGAACAUUCGCUUUCUUCAUGUCUAUUGGAUCCGUCAUCCGCACUGAAUCCCAAACCUCGUUAACGGCGGCUCAAUUUUCCUCUUUGCAAACUCACUGGCGUUCACGGCACCUUGACACUGCAGACAGGUCACACACUUAA